AUGGAGUGCAACUUUAUUAACAAAAAUUUGGCAAUGAUCCUUACAAUAUUGCUAGCAACAAUCACACUUUUCUAUUAUCGUGAAGAGCUAACCAACAACUCUCUCUUAUUUUAUACAGACAAAUACUCUUCUACCGAUUCCAACUGGUCAUCAUGGUUGCCACGAGAUGAGCUCGGAAUAGCUCUGGCGAGGGCUUCAACGGCGGACAAGACGGUGAUCGUGGCCGUGAUCAACGAGGCCUACGUGGAGAGCGAUUACCCCUCGAUGUUCGAUCUAUUUCUUGAGGGCUUUUGGGUGGGAGAGAGGACACGGCCGCUCCUCCGCCACCUGGUGGUGGUUUCCAUGGAUAAGGCUGCCCAUGAGAGGUGUCUCUUCCGCCGCUUGAACUGUUACUUGCUGGUGGCCGGCGGCGGUGGUUUCUCCAGUGAGAAGUUAUACAUGUCGGGAGAGUUUAUAGAGAUGAUGUGGAGGAGGACUGCAUUUCUCCUUGAAGUUCUCCAUAGAGGUUACAACUGUUAG